AGUAGGAAGUUGCUUUAAUGGCGUGAGGAUGGCUCGUCUUGCUUUUCUAUUUUCAGUUUUUCUGCUGUUUUCAUUUCAAAUACAAGGAUCCAGACCGGCAACUCCAGUGUUUGUGCAGACAGGAGGGGAUGUACUUCUGGACGUCGUGGAAGUUGAUGGUUCUGAGGAAUGUGACCUUGUUAAUUGGAAAUUCAAUAAAACCAUUUUAGUACGUUUUCUGUGUAGUUCAGGUUCACAAUCAAAACCUUCUGUUGAGGAUCCACGGAUUGAGUUCUUUCAAAGAAAUUACACUAUGAAAAUAAAAAAUCUACGAGAGUCAGACAGCGGCAUUUAUACUGCAAGGAAAUUAGGGAGUGAAGAAAAAAUGGUAGCGGAAUACAAAGUCACAGUUCAAGAUCCCGUCUCUCCCGCUGAGCUGACAGUGGGGUCCGUCCUCAACAGCUCAACUUCCUGUAACCUCACUGUGACCUGCAGCACCGGACCGUCUAAGAUCAGCAGCACCGUUAGAUGUGACACUGAGACCUGCAGUCAGGACGGAGGAGAGCAACCGCUGAUAACAAAACAUGGGGAUUCUCUUCUUGUCUACCUGUCCAACAAAUCGAUCAUCUGUAACCAUAGCAACCAUGUCAGCUGGCUUAAUGACACGAGGAAUCAUAAACAUCUUUGCACCCUUGUUGGCGGUUCUGGUGAAAUUGCCUCCUAUCUUGUGUGGUUGAUUGUUGGUGCUGUUCUCAUCAUUCUCGUCAUUCUCAUCAUUCUCAUCAUUCUCAUCAUUCUCGUCCGUCUUAAACGUGAAAAAAAAUUUUCAGUCAAAAGAAAGACGUCUGAGAAUACAGUUUACGUGUCCCCUGCGCUUAAAAUGGCCCAAGUUCAGGAUCCGGGAUCGACAAAUGAAGCUUCUCCAAACACCAUCUAUAGUACACUAUACUAUAGACGCAGCACCGUCCACUGAAGACAAGCCUCUGCCACAGAGCCUGUAUGCAGCUAUAGAGAAGAGCCGCAGGCCGUGAAAAACGUCUGCAGGAACAGAAGUCCCAGCACUGUUUAUCGACCGCUUGCCCCUUUAUAUGGUAUCAAAGUUAAUGGUUUUAAUCUGGAGGGCUGCAGGUCCAGACGAACAUGCAGAGUCUUUAAUGUCUGUGCAGACCAACAGUUUGGGAUUCUGAAGAAAGUCUUCAACCUCACACCGUGUCCUAACUGCAUGCGAAUGCGAGCGACAAAAUCAAUUUCUAUGUUCUAUUGGACUGUCCUAACUGGUCGCAAGCGACGCUGCGCAGCGACGCAGCGCUGCACAGCACGACGCGGCGCGCCAUUUUGAGCUGAACAUUUGUCAGACACCCUGCUUCUAUUUUCUUCGUGGCGCUCGUGUUAAAAGCCGGUUGAAAGCGCUGUAGGAAACAGUCAUGGAUGAGGAAUGGCUGAUCCAGUUAGUUGAAAUGAGAAGUUAUCUCUAUGAUUCCUCCUCAUUUCACUACAAAAACCUCAAUAAAGUGGCAGCUGGCUGGAGGGAGAUGGACAGAGAGCUGGAGGUUUCACAAUUCACUGUAUUAUGUAAAGCUUGUGUCUUUUUCAUUUACUUAAUGUGAUAGCCAGUCUCUGCUUAGCGAGAGACCAAUGGGAGUCGCGCUGGCUUCGUCUGGUCCGUUGACCUCGCUGAGCUGCGCAGAUUCCAGCCAGUCAGCGCGUCGCGAGGUGCUGCCACUUUAGGAGCACACGGGCGGGUAGUGCUGUGAGUAAAAAGUGAGUUUCAGCUGUCAAUCAAAAUUACCUGGGGGCCCAUAAUGCUUUCAGUGUGGACAGAGAGCGUCCGAUGUCACGCAGUGCGAUGCGAUAGUCGGACGCUCGCAUGCAGUUAGGACACAGUGUCAGUCUGAACCACCAGGAGGUUCAAGUCCUGUUGAAGACGCCCUGCCUUGUUCCAGAACCACAGAAAUCCAUCUGGGCUUAAACAUCACACAUCACGGCAGUCCUGGAGACAUAGAUGCUUAUCAAAUCAAAUCAAAUCAAGCAUUAUUUAUAAAGCACUUUUUAUACAAUAAUAACAAAAUGUGCUUUACAAAAUAAAAUGAACAUUUAACAUAGAAAAACAUAGAAAAUGUAGAAAAACAUUUAACAUAGAAACCCAUCUGGUCAUUUUCACACACACCCUCACUUUAUAUAUACCCACACAGCACACAUACAUACACAUAGACAUUAAAUAUCAUAAAAAACUAAAAUAAAACAUCAUAAAUAAAGAAAUAAAAACCUGGCUUGACGCUGAGGUGAGGAAUGAUAUCUUGGGGAUCUAUCCACCCCAGGAGCUCCCCCACCAAUGACAACUGAAGGCGUCACCACAGUAACGCCCAGAUCAGGGCCGGCUGGUGUCCACACCACAGCCGAGGCUGCAGUGCAGGACUCCCCAGCGACCCCGACCAGGGAGAUCGCCACGGCAACAACCCAGACCAGGGCGAUCGCCACGGCAACGACCCCACAGGCUGCGUAGGGAUAGUGCUCGGUGUGGAAGAUCCCCAUGAGGAAAAGCACUGGAGAUAACAUAUGAAAAAGUAAAAACAACAUUAAAAUAAACCUAAAAAAAAGUUAAUAUGAAAGAAUAAAUACAUAAUAAAAUAAUUGAAAAAUAAGUAGUUAAAAUAAUAAGAAAUAACUAGAUAACUACUGUGACUUGAAUUGAUUUGACCCAAACAAAACCCUACCGGUCACUGAGGUGCUGAUUGACCUUAAACAGAUGACGCGUCUCCUUGGGCAGCAUGUCAGUUGUGUGAAUGAGUGUCCAUAAACAUCCUUUGUGAUGCUCAAAAAGAGGUAUUUAUUGGUACACACAAGCUCCUUUCUCAUCAACGAACUACAUGCACUUUUAUUGCAUAACUUGCAUGAGAUCAGUAAAACUGCAAGACCAACAAAAACUUAAACUGCACUCACUAUAUCCACUAGGAGGUAUAAAUACAUACCGGUAUAUAUUUCUAUUUAUAUAGCGUCUAUUACAACAGAAGUUGUCUCUAGGUGCUUACCAGAGACCAGAACAUGAACCCAGAGCAAUUAUUACAUAAACAUUGGCAGGUAAAACCUCCCCUAGUGGGAGAAAAGCUUUAAACCAAGAAAAACUCCCCUUUAGGAGGAAGAAACCUGGAUCAUAAGUGGUGACCCUCCUGCUGAAGACCAGCUGAGCAAAGUGGGAAAAGAGAGACUAGAAAGAGAUAAUGAAGAACAGAGAGAAGAGAAACAAAGAUAUAUUGUCAAAGGUACAAAAGACAAGAUAUAUUAGUAUUAACUAUCUGUGGGCAAGUACUGAUACGGGGUUAGUUGGUGUACUACAGAGACAACUAUGUAAACAGAUGUUUAGAGGAAACAAUUGUAAACAUUGGCCUGUUUCUACUUUUCAAUAAUUUUUCUAAUACUUUCCAGAAAAUGCCAAAGUGUCUGUUACAGCAUCUGAAAUGUUGUUUAUGUUUUACUGGAAAUAAAUUAUGGGUCUUUGA